AUGGCACUUCUGUCGACAAAGCCCCCAGAUCUCAUCGUGUACAUGGCAGCCGCUCAUCAUCAAGAGCUGAACAAUGUAUUAUACGGCCCGAAACAUGGCUUCGGCGAACGAAUACUCAACCUUAACAUGACCUCUGGCCACGACCAUCUCGUACUCAAGAUGCCAGUGAUCUGCAGGUAUCACGACAACCUACCAACUUUUACAAGCAACAUGGUCACCAAAGACGAAUGGAGAGAGUUUUGUCAUCUUGUAGAAGACGAACGAGUGGUCAAGGUCGUCUUCAGUGACGGGAGGCACGAUUUCCGUGGUAAAGUGGUGAUCCCCGGUACGAAGAAACCCAAGGAAGGCAUUGUGGGGGUCGUGUUUCGAUGGGCAGAGUAUGACGAUGAACUAGUUGCUCUUCAGCAAGGGGUGAGCUGGUUGAAGAAAAAGCUUACGUAG